UUGACGAGUCUCUCAGUUCUCUGUGUUUAUGGAUGAUCUGUUCACAGAGGGACACGUAUCCCGUCUCCAGAUGUGAGUUUAUGAGGGGAAACUCUUCAUAAUGGGGGGUAAAAACUGCAAGUGUGCAGAAGAAGCUUCUGACCCAGAAACCCAAGAGAAGACGGACAUUUACAAGAAAAAGCUCGACACAUUGAAGGUGCCGUCAAACAAGAUAACAAGCGAUCCACAAGUGUUUAAAGAUCAAACUGGUCUUGCCCAGACCACCACAACCCAGGACACCACAGCUCCCAGUGACCUGAUCCAGAACACCACAGCUCAGAGUGGAGCGACUGUCAAUAAUCCUGUUCUACAGGGCAAUGUGAUUCAUGGCCCAGUUACUUAUAACAUUGGAGCUUACUCUAAUCGUGAAGGAAGAGACAGAAGAGAAGAGGAAAUGGGCAAGACUGCAGGAGCCUCCACUACAGAUGAUGCAGUGGCUCUAAGAAAAACAGGAAAAGAGAAGCUCAAAAAGAUCAUCAAAGGUCGCUAUGAAACUUUAUACGAGGGAACAGGAAAGAGAGCGAAGCACAUCCUCCUGAACAAGAUUUACUCAGAGCUGUAUGUGGUGGAGGACUGGAGGGGAGGAGUCAAUACAGAUCAUGAAGUGAUUCAGAUGGAAGCCAGACCCACAACACAUGCAUCAACAGACAGUGUAAUGAAGAUCAGUGAGAUUUUCCAUGGAGACUUUAACAUUAAAAAAGUGCUCACAAUGGGAAUAGCUGGAAUUGGGAAAACCGUCUCUGUUCAGAAGUUUGCUCUGGAUUGGGCUGAAGGAAAAUCCAAUACAGACAUAGAUUUUGUUUUCAUUAUUGCUUUCCGAGAGCUGAAUCUUCUAAAGGAUGAAGAGUAUGACCUUCCAGGACUACUUCUUCAUCUGUAUCCACAGCUAAAACAUUUAAAAGAAGCUGGGCUUUUUGAUGAUGAGUGUAAAUGUGCUUUUAUCUUGGAUGGACUGGAUGAGCUCAGGAAGCCUCUGGAUUUUAACCAGAAGAAAAUGUCCUCUAUAACAGAGAAGACAACUGUAGACGUUCUGGUGACCAGCCUCAUCACAGGAGCACUGCUUGAGUCUGCUCUUGUCUGGGUCACCUCCAGACCUGCUGCAGCAGAUCAGAUCCCACCAGAAUACAUCCACCGGAAAACAGAAGUACAAGGAUUCACCACGGACCAGCAGAAGGAGGAAUACUUCAGGAAGAGAAUACAGGAUGAAGAACAAGCUAACACAAUCAUCUCACACAUUAAAAAGGCGAAGACGCUCCACUUCAUGUGCUACAUACCAGUCUUCUGCUGGAUCAUCUACACUGUGCUUCAGGAACUCAUCAAAAACAAAGUAAAAGAAAUCCCUAAAACUUUAACUCAAAUGUACGCACACUUCCUGAACAUUCAGAUGGACACAAAGAGAAAGAAAUAUGACAAGACUCUUCAUAAAGAUACUAAAAACCUGCUGGAAUUCAACAGAACUGAGCUUCUGAAACUGGCUGAACUGGCUUUCAAGCAGCUGAUGAAAGGCAAUGUGACGUUCUACGAAGAGGACCUGAGAGAGAGCAGGAUUGAUGUCACUUACUCUGAGGAUUCUGGGAUCUUUAUUGAGAACUUUAAGGAGGAAUGUGUGCUUCACCAGAGUAAAGUCUACUGCUUUGUUCAUCUGAGCUUUCAGGAGUUCCUGGCUGCUGUUUAUGUGUUCCACUGCUACGAGACUAAAAACCUGGAGGAACUGCAGUGUUUCAAUCUACGGCAUGAAGAGUGGUCUGAGAAUCUUACACUGGAUGAUCUGCUGAAAGGAGCUGUGGAUGAAUCUGUAAAGAGUCAGAAUGGACACCUGGAUCUGUUCCUCCGUUUCCUGCUGGGUCUCUCACUGCAGACCAAUCAGAGACUCUUACAGGGUCUUCUGACUUUUAAACACAGCAGCACAGAGGAAACCAAAGAACAUAUCAAGGACUUAAUCAAAGGACAUUACGGAUCUCUUUCUACUGAGAGAUCCAUCAAUCUGUUCCUCUGUCUGUCUGAAAUGAAGGACCAGUCUGUCUCCGGAGAGCUUCAGGAGUAUCUAAACUCAGAGAAACACUCAGGACAGGAGCUCUCUCUUGGACAGUGUUCAGCACUAGCCUACAUGCUUCUGACCUCAGAUGAAGUUCUGGAGGAGCUGGACUCGAAGAAAAUCAGCACAUCAUCUGAAGGUUACAGCAGGCUGAUCCCAGCCCUGAUCAAAUGCCGAAAGGCACGACUAACUUCAUGUGAUCUUGGAGUAAAGACCUGUGACAGUCUGGAAUCAGUUUUAAAGCUGGAAAACUCCUUCCUGAUAGAACUGGACCUCAGUAACAAUGACCUGCAGGAUUCAGGAGUGGAGCGGAUCUCUGCUGGACUGAAGAGUUCACACUGUAAACUGCAGAUUCUCAGAUUUGCUUCAUGUAAUCUUGGAGUAAAGACAUGUGAAAGUCUGGAAUCAGUUUUAAAGCUGGAAAACUCCUCCCUGAAAGAGCUGGACCUCAGUAACAAUGACCUGCAAGAUUCAGGAGUGGAGCUGCUCUCUGCUGGACUAAAGAGUUUACACUGUAAACUGCAGAUUCUCAAAUUUGCUUUGUGUAAUCUUGGAGUAAAGACAUGUGAAAGUCUGGGAUCAGUUUUAAAGCUGGAAAACUCCUCCCUGAAAGAGCUGGACCUCAGUAACAAUGACCUGCAAGAUUCAGGAGUGGAGCUGCUCUCUGUUGGACUAAAGAGUUUACACUGUAAACUGCAGACUCUCAAAUUAUCUGGUUGUAUGAUCACAGAAAAAGGCUGUUCUUCUCUGGCUUCAGCUCUGAGUUCAAAUCCAUCCCACCUGAAAGAGCUGGAUCUGACCUACAACCACCCAGGAGAGUCUGGAGAGAAGCUGCUUUCUGCCAGACUGGAGGAUCCACACUGCUCACUGGAGACACUCAGAAUGGAACAUGGAGGCGAAAUCAGAAUCAAACCUGGAUUAAAGAAAUACGGCUGUGAUUUCACACUGGAUCUAAACACAGUAAACCCUGGUCUCUCUCUGAGUGAGGAGAACAGGACGGUGGAGUGGAGAGAGGAGCUGCAGUCGUAUCCUGAUCAUCCAGAGAGAUUUGAUGAGUAUCCGCAGGUUCUGAGUAGAGAGAGAGUAACUGGUGUUACUGGUGUAACUGGUGAUACUGGUGUAACUGGUGAUACUGGUGUAACUGGUGAUACUGGACGCUGUUACUGGGAGGCUGAGUGGAGAGAUGGAGGAGUAGAAUUUGUUGUAGCUCUGAGUUAUAAAACCAUCAGCAGGAAAGGAGGAGGAUCAGACUGUAAGUUUGGAGGGAAUAUAAACUCCUGGAGUCUAAGCUGCACUGAUUACAGAUACUCUGUUUGUCACAAUAAUAACAGCACUGUUCUCUCCACUCGUCCCUCCGACUGUAGGAGAGUAGGAGUCCCCUCUAUGCAGGGAUUGGGGUUGGUUAUGGCUCCUCAGUGA